UUACGAAGUAUUAAAUAUCCCCCGACCCCGUACCAGCCAAGCGUCGGUAUGACGCUAUAACCCACGUGUAGUCCCAUUAUCAAUAUGGCUACCACUCCUUACCUAUUUGUGGAUGUAUUUCUCGAUAUCUCGAAAGAGAUCAGCCUCUCACUCCUGUUCAUCUGUUCUAUUGUGCUCUUGGCUUCCUUUUACUGGUUAUAUCGUAGACCAAGCCUCCCCAGUAAAGUUAAAAGGACUGGACCGCUCUCAGUUAGAGUCCUUUAUGCUUCUCAGACUGGUACUGGGAAACGUUUUGCUGAGCAGUUAAUGAGUGAGAUCAAAUUAAGAGGUUUUCAUUGCUCAGUCUCUGAUGUCAGCCAUAUUGAUCCUGACGAGGAAUUCACCACCCCAGAACUCUCCCCUCGUAGUCUGUAUGUAUUUUUAAUCUCGACUUAUAGUGAAGGGUUUCCGCCUGACUCCGCCCGCUGGGUUUUCCAGUGGUUAAGAGAGUCAGUUGACGACUGUCGAGUAUCAAAGUCCCUUCUCUCUGGUCUGUGUUUUGCCGUGUUUGGGUGUGGCAACUCACUUUAUAAAGAUCAUUAUAAUAUGGCUGCUAAAAACCUGUUUGACUGGUUGGUUCAGUUAUCUGCUAAGAGUGUCUGCCAGUUAGGACUGGGAGAUGCCAACGUCUCUCAGAGUGAACACGGAGGUCUGUCAAACGAUUUUGCUGCUUGGAAGAAUCAAUUUUUGGAGUCACUCGAGAGAUUGAGGAAUGAGUCUGAUGAGAACAGAACCAAAGCCUCGGAUCAUAACUCAAAAUUUUAUUCUAACCAGAAUGGGAAUGAGUCCAGACAGGAUGGGUCUGAGUCUUUGCGUGGCGUCUCGUAUGAAGAAGAUUUAGAUGGUAGCAGUACUGAUGACGAGGGGGUGGGGUCAGAAGAUGAUGUGGUUGAUGUUGAAGAUAUCGGAGAUAUGAUGGUUAAAAUGAAGAAAGCUUCGGCUGAUAAUAAGAGACAGAAUGAAAAGAAGAAAAGAGAAAUGGUGACACCUGAAAUCAGACAGUCACUGACAAAACAAGGGUAUCGUAUCAUUGGCAGUCACUCUGGUGUUAAAUUGUGCCGCUGGACGAAAUCAAUGUUACGUGGGCGUGGCGGAUGUUACAAACACUCCUUUUAUGGUAUAGAGAGCCAUCGCUGUAUGGAAACCACACCCAGUCUUGCCUGCGCCAACAAAUGCGUGUUUUGUUGGAGACACCAUACUAAUCCUGUUGGUACGGAAUGGGUAUGGCCCAUGGAUGGUCCCGAGAGGAUUGCACAGGAAGCACUGGCUAACCAUUAUCAGAUGAUAAAGGAAUAUAGAGGUGUUCCAGGUGUAAGAGGAGAGAGGCUAGCUGAGGGAAUGAAGGUCAAGCAUUGUGCUCUCUCGCUGGUGGGAGAGCCCAUCAUGUAUCCAGAGAUUAAUAAACUGAUUGGGUUACUACACGAGAAAAAGAUCUCAACAUUUCUAGUCACUAAUGCUCAGUUCCCUGACGCUAUAAGAACACUAAGUCCGGUCACUCAGUUAUAUGUUAGUGUUGAUGCCAGUACUAAGGAGAGUCUUAAGAAGAUUGAUCGUCCGUUGUUCAAGGACUACUGGUCCCGCUUCAUUGAUAGUCUCAAAGCUUUAGCUGAUAAGGGCCAGAGGACCGUGUAUAGGUUAACACUGGUCAAGCAGUGGAACACUGAUGAACUGGAAGGAUAUGCUGAACUUGUGUCCCUAGGACAACCUGAUUUCAUUGAGAUAAAAGGUGUGACGUAUUGCGGUGAGUCCAAAGCCUCUUCCCUCACAAUGGCUAAUGUCCCAUGGCAUGAUGAGGUACUAACGUUCGUCAAAGAGCUAGCCGAUCUCCUCCCUGACUAUGAAAUGGCGUGUGAGCACGAGCACUCAAACUGUGUCCUCCUUUCUCACAGGAAGUUUUUCAUUGAUGGGAAGUGGCAUACUUGGAUUGACUAUGACAAGUUUCAUGAACUAAACACUCAUUAUAACGAUACUGCUGGUUCAAAGUCCUUUACUGCACUGGAUUACAUGGCGGUUACUCCCAGCUGGUCUCUCAUUGGUUCAGCUGAAAGAGGUUUUGAUCCUGGAGAGACAAGAUGGACUAGGAAGAGCAAGAGAAAGGCAGAAAGUGGCUGCUAAUGGAGGCCUACCUUUAGCUGAUUAAAAGUUUGUGCGGUGAAGCAGCUAUAGGUCUGAUUCAACCAGAACUAUGUUCAUCCACUGAUAGACACUUAAUUUUUUGUCAUUAUUGUAAUUUAAAAUGAAUCAACAUCAUAAUUUCUAAUUAAAAAUUUGUUCCAUAAAGGGAUUUAUAAUUAUCGUAAUAAAAAUACAA